AGUGUUUAUAACAUAGUGAGUUAGACAACCCAGACUUCACACUGGCAGCACUCAGGAUGGGUCCAUAUUGUCAAUGGAUGUUCGCUCUCAUCUUAUUACUCCCAGGUGUAUUGGUGUCAGGAGAACCAGAAAUCUGGACAGUAGAAGAUGAUACAGUGACUCUACAAUGCAUAUAUUCUGUUGACAAAGGAAGAACCACCAUGUGCUGGGGAAGAGGUGACUGUACAUCUGUAUUGACGACCUAUUGUAAUAAUGUUAUCAUUAAGACUGAUGGCAGCACAUUGACUGAGAAGACAUCUAAUAGAUACCAAUUACUGGGAAAUAUUGAGCAAGGGAACGUGUCACUGACCAUCACUAAUGUGACUAAGGAAGAUAAAGGAAUAUACUGCUGCAGAGUGGAGAUCUCUGGGUGGUUCAAUGACAAGAAGAACAUUUACAAUGUGAAGGUUCAGGAAAGAGAUAAAUCAGAUGCCAGCACAGAAUCCAAUGACAGAGACAAACAAGAAGAAACAAGUGACCCCCCAGUGACAGAAGCAGACGAUCCUUUAUGCUCAGAAAAUCACGAUGAUGACACCAUAAGCUACUCUUCUGUCAAUUCCAACCCUAUGACUCCAUUGAAGAUAAACACACCACCAAGUGCUGAGAUCCAAAGUAAUACAAGAAUAUUAUAUAUCCUAAUACCCAUCCUUAUCCUAAUAGCAAUCGCAUUUACAACUAUACUAGUAUACAGAAAUAAGGCAAAAGCUAAGACUCCACGUGUCAGUGCUGGGCCAAUGACAGAACUGGCUGCUUCAGGGAUUACGGCAGAGGAGAACAUUUAUACUGAAGAUUGAUGGACAUUCCCCAGAAUCAUUUGCUGAAAUAAACUUCUGCUUACUCAGGCUGUCCCUGAUUUGGAAC